AUGUCGAACCGCCAACUCUCCCGGGACAUGCAAACCGAGUUCCAGGCACGGUUCAACGCAAAACAAGCCCGUCGGGAGGCGCAAAAAGCCGCAAAACAGGACAACGAACUCAAGAAACAGAUCCAGAAUCUUCUUAAGAAGGGCGAAACCGCGCAAGCCGCCCAAAAAGCCCGCAUGCUCCUUGCCAAACAAGCGAUCGCUGCGCAAAUGGACCAAGCCGCCGACAUCGCCGAGCUCUCCCUAGCGCAGAUCCAGGCCAACAACGCGAUGAACCGCAUGACGACCAUGAUGUCACAGUCAUCCAAGACCAUGCAGCGGGCCCAGCGUAGCGCCAACCCGGAGAAGACUCUCCUGACUCUGGAACAGUUCCGCUCGCAGAACGAGGAAUACGCAAUGAACAACGGCAUCUACCAGGAUGCCAUGACCCAGAAUACGUCAGUCCAGGUCAGCGAUGACUCUGUGCAAGAACUGUUGGGCAAGCUGGCCGAUGACGCUGGGCUUGAACUGGGCCAGGAGCUGAACGAGGCGUCGACUAGCAAGGUUGACCCCGUCAAGGAGCCCGCGGAACCCACGCCAGAGGUUGAGGAUGCGCUACAACAACGGCUGCGGGCACUCCGGGCUUGA